UUCCAGAAAGGUAUCGCGUAUUCUCCAGUUCUCGUGUGUGUUUUGUCAGUGUGGAAGUUGCUAGCUCCAGAUUCGUGUCACCGUUACUAGUUUAUUUCUGCGCUCGCUCCCUCGGCUGAGUGUUCACGCAGUACUCCGCGGUUCGUGCUGCAUCGUCUACCCACAGGAUGCAGAGUGCCAGUCCAGGGAGCAGGGAUAUCGGCUAUUUCCCCUCCGUGUACUCUUCUCUUCAGCACUUCAGCGUUCCUGACAUGAGCAUCUCAAAGGGACAAACCGGCACCUCGCUCCACCUUCCAGGAAGCUCCAUGACCAGCUCGAGCUGGGAGAGGAGAUGUCUGAGGAAGCACAGAAGGAGGACAGAUGAUGAAGGCUGCAGCGCCAAAAGACAAAAGCUAAUGGAUGAGGGCGAACUCGAUCCCCUGGAGACCGCAAACUCCAGACCAGACCUGGGGUGGUUGGCCGAAUCUGCAACUGGUUCCCUCACAGCUCUGAACUGCACUGCAGCAGCCCCUGCCCCGCCAUGCCCAAACACACAGUACAAUCAAAACCCGUUACCUCCUCCAAGGCUGGACUCUGAGGGCUCCUGUAUGGAGGUGGAGGCGGCACAGAGGAAGCUGCAGGAGAUUGAGAACAGAAUCACUCUGGAGGAUGACAGUGAUGAGGAUCUGGACGUAGAGCCACCUCAGCGCAGACCCGUGCUCGUGCUGUCUGACAGCCUAAGGGAGGGGCUACAGCGCGGCAUCGCCGACAUUCUCCCUCACACAGUAGCACAAUCAGUGAGUCAUUCGUGUAUGGAGCUGGUGCUGUGGCGCCCCCUGGAGGAUCCGCUCACUCAGCAGCUGAAGGACACCCUGCAGAGACAGCAACGUAAACAGCAGCCGGUGUGCAGACAAACCCCAACACCCAUCCCCAAUCCUAAAGGGCUGGAGGAGCACAACUUCAGCCCCCUCUCCUGCUCUCCUGCAGCGUCCUGCUCCACAGAAGAGGACAUGGAGCUAUAGACUUAAGCCUGCAAACGUGAAACUGACUUUCUCUGUCGAGCUUCGAUCAGAGGAUUUACAGCACCUGUGGAAAGUGUGGAAACACCUAGUCUUUUAUAGCGUUUGAGAGACACGUGUACGUUUCUUUUGUUUCUAUGCAACAAACUACGUAUACAAUUUGUCCCAAAUGUCUUGACUUGCAUGGUGUUAAAGUAUCAAACGGUUGCCAUGUUGGUUCCUGGAAUAAUUCCUGGAGUGAUUCUUCAAUUUUCCCUACUCCAAAACAUAGAGCCAUUAAGCUUCUCUCCUGUUCUUCCAUCCUACACAAGUUCUUGUGUCAAAUUUGGACUCCACAGAGCUUUCUUCCAGUCAGUCACCGUCCAAUUCUUGCGUGUUUCAGCCUUUCGCCAAAAUUGUUGCAUAGAAAACAACGUGAGCAUGCACGUGUUUCUCGAAAACCAUAAAACACUCGGUGUUUUUGAAUAUUUAACAGGCACUAUAUUAGGAGUUUGUCACUUCUGCCAAAAGAAAAAAAAAAAAAAACAGAAGGCAGAGCUUUCUGUAUUGCACUACAAAGAUGAAAUGUGAGUUUUUGAUGGCACGGCUUGCAUCAUAUGCCAUACGCACGCUUCGUUUGCCGCUCCGGACGCCGUUUUUCCGCCGCCGAGAUAAUUGCGUACGUGUCGCUGGGACCACGCUACUACAAUUCACGUCUCUACAUACUAACGUCACGAUACGUGGCACGGACAAACAUCUGUGGACACCUCAUCCGUAAGAUUGGUGGCUGCAUUUCGUAUUUCCUAUUCCACAUUUAGUCCCUAUUUACUGUUUUGCGUUCGGUGGAAGAAGUCAGGUCGGUUGUCCCAAUACAUUUGGAAACACCGCGUACUAUGUAGGAGUGACGUGAACUGCCAACAUUGCUGUUUAUUUCACUGUGCCAGUGAUCUGAUAUUUAAUUUCCGCUUCGGGUUCUAGCCAAAAAAAACCAUAAAUGAGAAAGCCAUAUAGAAGAUCGAGACUGUAUUUCUGUAGCACCUUAUAACAAAUCCCACAGCUUCUUGGAACAGGGUGACGGCGAUCAGAAAAUCCUAUUCCCUAUUCCCCUUUUACUACUUUUCCUUGUUUAUAGAAACGCCAGAUAUCUUUUUUCUUCUUUUUUUUUCUUUCUUUAGCCCUUAAAAAGUCCUGACACUGGAGACUUCCUUCAUAAACUUUGAGUAAACACCAGGAAUUGCGCCUACACGCAUUUUCUUUAUCCUUCAUGUAGCACAUGGGUCCCUAUAAGCGAGCUGUUUCCAUAGCAACAAGUUCCUUUGAUGACUAUACGCGUUCGAGAAUUCUACUUUUUUUUUUUUAUGUUUUCUGUCACGUUUUUUCUUUUUAUGAUCUUCCAUCCUUUCAAAAAACUUCAAGAUUGAACCUUUUUAAAGAGAUUUGAAAUUUGUUCGGUUUGAAAAAAAAAGAGGUUUCUGUCCGUUUUUCAUUUUCGGAGCAGAGAAAGAAAAGCACGUGACCGAUGAGUUCGAUAUGUUCACGCAAAAUCUUUUGUUUUACCACGAAAUUCUUCCCAGCGCGUCCGUCGUCACCCGAUAAACUCCAAAUGAGAGGAUAAGGGGAUUCAAAUGAUAAGUAUUAAAGCAGCAACAGUAACUGCCAGAAUGUUCCGCUGUCCAUCCACCGAGCUCGCACUUACACUGCGUGAAAACAUUUUGUGUCUUUCUUCCUGUUUGCUUUUCAGCUUUUUGAAUGUACAGUCGAGUUGUUUUUUUAGAAAAAAAUAAAAGACUCGUGUGAACUUG